CAACAAUUGCGAUCAUCGUGCAAUUACAAAAAACAAAAAAAGCAACAAAAUAAAAAUUGGUAACAGACAAUUCCCAUUGCAGCGCGCCACACUAACAGUACGGCACCACAUUUCCUUUGUCAGCCACACGGAUAGGGGGUCUGAGUGUUUAAUUUCGCUAUCGCUGGGAGUUUACAUUUGCAUUUGGAUUUGCGAUUAGUUUGGAAUUUUCGAAAGUGCGGGUGCCCGUCGUGUAUUCACAUACUUAUAUUGUUUUCGAGUUGUUAAACGUACGUAUCUAGAAAUUUUUGAUGAAAAAAGUUUAAAUGACAAAACAUAAUAUGUGAAACAUUGGAUAAAAAGUGCAAUAAAAAACAAUAACAAACAAUCGACAACUAGCCUCGGCGACAGCGGCAAAACCUGCAGCCCGUAUUGCGUACAUGCCUACAUAAAUGGAACAUGAGUACCUACCAAAUUUUUAAUUGAAAAGCUGAGGAGCACUUUAAAAAGUCACAAAUCGGCAAAUUAGUAAGAGCGACGACGGCAAUCUCGAGUAGAACCAAAAACAAAAAAACAUUCGAAUAAAAAAAAACUGCGAAAAAGAGCACAACAACGUUGAACUUCAAGUCGGAAUCUCAACUUAAACUGAUAAGACUGUGGCCACAUUUAGCUGCUGAACGUUAAGUGGCUAUUAUUGCUGCAUAAGUACUCACUCCGUCGUAUGUAUAUUGCCGCCGCCGCCGCCGCCGUGUUGUUUUAGUUUGAUAUUAGAAUUUUAACGCAAGUCUUGCGUCUGCUUCAUUGUACGAGCAGUCAGACAGUGGCCCCUUCAGCACCACCUAUUGUAUACACGAAAGAACAGCAGAAAAACGCCACUUAUCUAGUAGGAGAAGAACAUAUAUAAAUCGCAUUCACCCAUCAACUGGAGACGGCAUUAAUAGCUCACCGGUUACAAAGUGCAAAUAGACUGCGCACAAACGCUGCGCAAUACAUACGCGUUGUCAGGAGGAGCACAUUUUUAAUUCUACAAAAGUGAAAGUGAAAAACAAAGCAUUUGACGUUCCUACUGCUAUUCCGAAAAUGUUGUUAAAUAUCCUUUUUCUAUUGCUGGCGUCAUACCAAGCCACACAGGCGUUGGAAAAUGGGCUAGCAAGGACACCACCAAUGGGUUGGAUGCAUUGGGAACGCUUCCGGUGUAUCACUGAUUGCCAAAAAUACCCGAAUGAGUGCAUAAGUGAGAAUCUCUUCAAACGCACCACCGACUUGCUGGUGUCAGAAGGCUAUGCUGCUGCCGGUUAUGAGUAUCUCAUCAUUGAUGAUUGCUGGUUGGAGAAGAAUCGCGAUAAUGCCACAAAUAAAUUAGUAGCCGAUAGAUAUCGCUUCCCCAGUGGACUCAAUCAUUUGGCUGAUUAUAUACACGGUGCCGGCUUGAAAUUCGGUUUAUAUCAGGAUUAUGGCACACACACAUGCGCCGGCUAUCCAGGUGUUAUCAAUCACAUGGCAUUAGAUGCGCAGACCUUCGCCGAUUGGGAUGUGGAUUAUGUAAAAUUGGAUGGUUGCUACGCAGACACAUCCACUAUGGAUGCAGGCUAUCCGGAAUUUGGUCGGUUGCUAAACAAAACUGGACGCCCAAUGGUGUAUUCGUGCAGUUGGCCAGUCUACCAAGAAUACGAAGGCAAAAUUCCCGACUACGAGGCUCUCAAGGAGCACUGCAAUUUGUGGCGCAACUACGAUGACAUUGACGAUUCCUUUGAAUCGGUUGCUAAGAUUAUGGAUUACUUUUCGAAAAACCAAAACCGCAUACAACCACAUGGUGGACCUGGUCAUUGGAAUGAUCCGGAUAUGUUGAUUCUUGGCAAUUAUGGUCUCAGUUACGAUCAAAGCAAAUUGCAAAUGGCGGUAUGGGCCAUAUUGGCAGCACCGCUGAUCAUGUCAAACGAUUUGGCCGUUGUGCGUCCUGAAAUUAAAGCGAUUUUGCAAAAUCGUGAGGUAAUUGCUGUAAAUCAGGAUCCGUUAGGUAUUCAGGGUCGCCGCGUGCUUAUACAAAAAAACGUUGAAGUUUGGACGCGUCCAAUUGCGCCAAGAAACGCUGCCGGUGACUAUUCAUAUGCUGUGGCAUUUGUCAAUCGCCGCACAGAUGGCGCUCCCUUCCCGAUAGGUUUUAUGCUAAAGGAGAUGGGUUUACGCAGCCAGAGAGGCUAUGAUGUGGUUGAUCUCUUCGAUAAGACACAAAAAUUGGGACUAUUCAAACAGUUGGAUACAUUUGAAACUCGCAUCAUUCCAAAUGGUGUCAACUUCUUCAAAUUCACUGUAUUGAAUUAAUUACUGUUUUAUACAUAAUUAUUAUUUUAUGUGUUUUUAACAAGUUUUUCCUUAAUGUACGUUUGUACCAUUUUUAAGACUAAACACUGUUACACAAAAUGCUUUAAUAAAAAAUGGAAA